UGGAUCAGCUUCUCACAAUAAGAGGCCAAGUUUCGGGGCAUUAAGUAGUAUAGUGCUGCCGUUGGAAUCGUAGUUGGCGUUGUUUGCAGUUCUGUUUGUACAAACGCCAGAAAAUGGCGGUGGGACAUCAGUAGGAAGAAGUUAAUACAAUUGUGAUGUUUGUGGUGUAAGUUCUUGUCGAUUGUUACAAUAUGUGAUGAUGCAGAAAAAGUGUCAGAACGUGUAUAAUAAGUAAAAUUGUCAACAUGUCGGAUCAUAUAAUGCCUAUUGAUAGUAAUAAUAAAUCCGUUGAUACUGGCCAAGGAGAUGACGUAAAAUGUCUUGCACAAACAUGUAUCAAGCAGCAGCCAUCUGGCGGCGAAGAAGAUAAUACAAAUGAAAAGAAGGGCGCGAGUAAUGUUCCGUAUCUAGAUGAUACGGGAUAUCCUAAAAGGAGGAAAACGCGUCGUGGAAAAUCGAAACGCCGCAAACUCAAGCCGUAUAGUAAAUUGACGUGGCAGGAGCGUAAUGAGCAGGAGGACAACCAAACGAAACUAGCUAAUAAAGUCAGAGCACAAAUGUUUGCACAUGGACAGCCCGUUGCUCCUUACAACACCACACAAUUUUUGAUGGAGGAUCAUAAUGAUUUGCAAGACUUGGAUGUUCAGCUGAAAGCAGUGACAACAAAUUCAGGUAGAUUUAGAACAAAUACUUCAGUGUUUCAAAGACCAUCCCGAGUCCGUGAUUCAAGCCUUAGUGUUGAUUCAGAUGAUGAUCAUUUCUAUUCGUCCCCAGAGGAUGAGGAGGAAUUCUUAACUAAAGAAUUCUCAAAUGCAUAUGAAGAUUUACACGCAGAAAGGUUGGGUCAAAUGUCAAAAUCACAACUUAUUGAGGAAUAUAUACAACUGGAAGAAAAGGUUGACACAUUAGAGAAAAGGCUGAAAAAAUCUCAGAGUCUAGAAAUAAGAGGACAAGUAAAUGAUGAUACAGAUAUUGAGAAAGGUGAAAUGCAAGUGGAUGAAGAAACCUCUCGCAAAAUGCAGUUGUUUCAACAAGAAAUCAAUAAGCUUUUGAAGGAGAAUGAAAGAUUGCGUCUUGAGAAUGAUAUCAUGCGCCGAUCAUACAAUAAAGGAGAUAUGGUACCAUCAGUGUCAUCAUCUGUUGAUUCAGAGAGUGAUAGUACCUGCAGCUCUGCAAGCAAUUCAAGUGUUGAUAGUAUGGGCAGAGAGACAGGUUCAGCCAUUGAGAGUGAAAAUAAAGAAGUACUGUCAAGACCUUGUGACACAAACAGUGCAGAAGUUGAGUGAGCUGUGUUGGUGGGUAGGCUAAUUUUAGCAGCAUUGAACUUCCUAUUUAAUUUAAGGUUUGCUGAAAAACUCCAUUACGUAUAUAUAUCUUGAUUCCAACUUUCAUUGUAAUAUACCAUUUUAAAAUGUAUAUUUUUUACUUGUACAUUUUUUAAAAAAUAAUGCUUACGGUAAAAAACUGGAAUUUUAAAUAAAUGUUUUUAAGACAUGAUUUGAUAAAUGAUAGAGGAAGUGGAGUUUUUUAAAUGACCAUUAAAUUAUAUAUUGUAUCAAAAUACAUAUUCUUUCUGUAGGUUUUACCAUAACUUCCAGCAUUUGCAGAAAAUGUAUAGAGUACUCUUAUUGUUGCUUGUAUUAAGGUUGAAGAGACAAGUUUAUAAUGUAAGAUGCAAGUUUAUAAUGUAAGAUGUCCUCUUGUAUGACAUUAUGGAUUGUGUCACAGUAGUGAAAUUAUUUUACACAGCUGAACAAGAGACUGUUACUGAAUUUAAAGUUUCAAUGAGUGCUUUUAGCUUCAGGAAGGAUAAUUAUUAUAAUUGCUCCACAGUUUUCACAGAGAUUGACUUCUGUACUAGUGUCUGUCUCUUCAUUGUAAUUUAUGAGAUGACAAUUUUAAAGUUGCAUCUAGUCCCUCUAAAAUUUGUUAAUAGGGACUUAAUUCUUCAUUCCUAUUUAUGUUAAACAGUAACGUUAACUUCACUGGAUGUGUCAUUUCACUGAGUACAUAUAGAUAGUGUAUAAAGCUUGAAGCUGCUCUUGUUGCAGGAAUGUGACAAGUUACAUUGGACCACUACCACUCACAUUUAUGUUUCACUGUAAAUGGAACCCUUGCUAUUAUCAAUUGUGUAUUAUGUUAUGUUCUGCUAAAGUUUCACUUUUCAUCCAUUAAUGAAUACAUAUUUAGUGUAAAUAAAUGCACAUUAAUGGAA